AUGUCCUUCUCAAGCCUCGUCCAUGAUCUCAGCCUCCGCGACGGCGGCAACAACAACUCCAACGCCGCCGCAAUGAGCCGUCGUCCACCCCCCACCGUCUCGUCCAUUGACGAUCGCGCUUCCCACAUUUCGCGCGCCCGAUCGUACGCCAGCACCGCGGCCACCAGCGUCAGCAUCUCAGGCGACAUCUCUAGCCAGCUCCAUGGCGGCUACUUUCACCCGCUCGCCCGUUCCUGGCAAGCCGAGCGCCAACUGACCAAGUCUAUGCUCAUCUACCCCCUCUUCAUUACCGACAACGACGACGACAUGAUACUCGUCCCCUCCCUGCCUGGCCAACACCAGCUUGGCAUCGGCCGCGUCAUCUCCUUCCUGGAGCCCCUCGUCCACAAGGGCUUGCGGUCCGUCAUCCUGUUUGGCGUGCCCAUGAAGCCCGGCACCAAGGACGCCCUCGCCAGCGCGGCUGACGACCCCGAAGGCCCCGUCAUCCGCGCCAUCCGCCUUAUCCGCCGCCGCUUUCCCCAACUCUACAUUUGCGCCGACGUCUGCCUCUGCGAGUACACAUCACAUGGCCACUGCGGCAUUCUGCGCGAUGAUGGUAGCCUGAACAACGAGCUCUCGGUCGACCGCAUCUCCGAUGUCGCCGUCGCUUACGCUAAAGCCGGUGCCCAUUGCGUGGCCCCGUCCGAUAUGAAUGACGGCCGCAUCCGCGCAAUCAAGCUCAAGCUCAUCGAGGAAGGCAUUUCGCACAAGACGACGCUCAUGUCGUACUCCGCCAAGUUCUCGGGCUGUCUGUACGGACCCUUCCGCGAUGCUGCCGGGUCGGCGCCGUCCUUUGGCGACCGCAAGUGCUACCAGCUGCCCCCAGGAGGCCGUGGCCUGGCGCGCCGCGCCAUCACGCGCGACAUGGCCGAGGGAGCCGACAUAAUCAUGGUCAAGCCUGCAGGCCAGUACCUCGACAUCAUCAGCGACGCCAAGGAGCUGGGCAAGGACCUGCCGGUUGCGGCCUACCAGGUUAGCGGUGAAUAUGCCAUGAUUCAUGCUGGAGCCAAGGCUGGCGUGUUUGGCCUCAAGGAGAUGGCUUUCGAGUCUGCAGAAGCCAUCCUGCGGGCGGGUGCGACGAUUAUCGUCAGCUACUUUACGCCCGAGUUCCUUGACUGGCUCGACAACUAG